GCAGGCGGAAGUAGCGGGCAGUUGGUCGGAAGUGGGGCUGUGAGGUCCAGGUAUUGCUGGAGGAGUCGUGGUGUUGCGGCAGCCUGCGGGAUCCCGGGUCUGGUGUUGCGGCGCCCGCGUUCGCCAGGCUCAGGCUAUUUCUGAUGCUUGAAAGCUACCCUUUCAGCCACAAAGAUGGUCAUCAAUCUUUGCCUCCCACAGUUCAGACCAAGAAUUUAUUGCAACAAGAUAUCAGCUGAUGGUUAUGAAGUAGAAAAUCUCAUCUCUGAAGACCUCACAAAGAGAAGCCAUGGUUUUAGGACAGAGUAUUUCAUUAAGCCACCAGUGUAUGUGACAGUCUCCUUUCCCUUCAGUGUGGAAAUCUGUAGGAUUAACAUAGACCUCACAGCUGGGGGAGGCCCGAAUGUCACGGGCCUAGAAAUGUACACGUCCGCCUUAUCCAGCAGAGCAUCUUGGAAUGCCCCCGAGGGCCGGACCCCGGGCCCAGGAGAGCCAACCAUCCCGGACAAGGAGGCAUUCACCUUGGUAGGCAAAGUCUUGCUGAAAAACCAGAGCCAAGUGGUGUUUAGCCACAGGGGCUUCAAGGCCAGGCCACCUUUCGCCCCAAUGGAAGCCACACUCCCCUCUCCCGCUGUUGUGGCACAGGAGCUCUGGAAUAAAGGGGCUCUUUCUCUUAGCCACGUGGCCCAUCUCAAGAUCUGUAUCACCCACGUGACAGGCAGUGGUAUCCCUUGCAUCAAACGGUUGGAAGUGUGGGGUCAGCCAGCUAAAACCUGCUCCCAGGAGGUCAUAGACAGUGUCUUGCUGCUCGCCUCUGAGAGCCUUCCUCAGGACUCAGCUCUGCAGGCCCCAGCCUUGCCCAUGGAGAGUGACUGCGAUCCCGGAGGCCUGUCUGAGGGCCAGCAGGCCCCCUCCAGCCUGCAGGAGCUCGCUGAGGUAAUUCAGGAUGUGCCCGAGGAGUUCCUGGAUCCCAUCACCCUGGAGAUCAUGCCUUGCCCCAUGCUGCUGCCCUCGGGCAAGGUCAUCGACCAGAGCACACUGGAGAAGUGUAACCGGAGCGAAGCUGCGUGGGGCCGAGUGCCCAGCGACCCUUUCACGGGGGUAGCCUUUACUCCGCACUCCCAGCCCCUGCCUCACCCCUCCCUGAAGGCCCGGAUCGACCAUUUCCUGCUCCAGCACUCCAUUCCUGGCUGCCAUCUGCUCGGGAGAGCACAGACUGCGUUGGCAGUGACACCCUCUUCCAUUGCUCUGCCCUCUCGGAAAAGGAAGAUGGAGCAGGCUGAACACGCGCCACACAGUAGCCUCGGCGUCGACGCUUCCUGUUUCUCUGCCACAAGCCUUCUGGUCUCACCCACUACCUCAGAGCACACCGCUAAGAAAAUGAAAGCUGCCAGCGAGCUGGGGCUGACACACAUGGACUGCUCAACAGGUCCAGUGUCCCAUGAGCAGAAGCUGUCACAAAGCUUGGAAGUUGCCUUGACGUCGACCCUUGGCUCCAUGCCCUCCUUCACGGCUCGGCUGACCAGGGGGCAGCUCCAGCACCUGGGCACGAGAGAAAGCAGCACCUCCUGGAGGCCAGGUGCCGGCUCGGAGCAGCCUGGGAGCGCCCCAGGCCCCGAGUGCGCCUCCUGCAAAAGAGUGUUUUCUCCCUACUUCAAAAAGGAGCCCGUGUACCAGCUUCCCUGUGGCCAUCUCCUGUGCCGGCCCUGCCUGGGUGAGAAGCAGCGCUCCCUGCCCGUGGCCUGCACUGCCUGCCAGCGGCCGUUUGCCAGCCAGGAUGUGCUACGGGUCCACUUCUGAGUGACCAGCCUCAGCCGGAGAAGACGCGUCGAGGGGAGUAGCUGAGGGAGUGGGGGUCAAGAUCCCCUGAGGUGUGGCCAGGUCCCAAGCGCAGAGGAGCCCUUUCUUCCCAGGGGCUUUCCCUUUAUCUCCUUCCACAGUGUAGCACACGGGCCGGAGCACGGGUGGGAGGGGGUGCUCCACUCCUGCUCACGUGGCAAUAGGAUAACAAAGCCAUAGUUGGGGCUGGGAGGGAUGGGGGACAUAUCCCUGCCCUCCUGUGCCACCCCCUCCCCCGCCAGAGCCCGGGGCCUGUGAGAGCCGGCCCCACCCUGUUGGGCACCCCCCCCACCACGUUGUCGGCACACACACCCCGGUCCUGCAGGGUGGAUGUGAGUGGAGCACAAUGGACGGUGGCUUGGGAUCUCGAAGACAGCCUCCGCCUUCGGUGUCACCCAGGAGUGCUCCGUGGCGGGGGUCUGGAGUGAAUGACUCAGCCCCCGACUGGCAGACCACUCCGAGCCUUAAUAAAGGGAUGGUUGACGUC